GUUGACACCGGUGCCGAGGUCAGCGUUAUUCCUCGUGCUGCAGAAAAACGCAACCUACUUCCAACCGGACUGACAUUGCAGGCGGCGAACAAUACCAAGAUCCAUACAUACGGCCAGAAAAUGUUGACUCUCAACCUUGGUCUUCGUCGAAGUUUUCCCUUUGUUUUUCUCAUCGCUGACGUCCAACGCCCCAUCCUUGGUGUUGAUUUCCUUACCAAGUUCGGCCUGAUCGUGGACCUGCGUAACCGUAAACUAUGCGAUAGUUUGACAUCCUUGUCCGUUUCGGGUAAAGUCACUUCGAUCAGUUCGAUCGGUCUUCGCUUGGCAUUGCCCGCCGACAAUGUGUUCACCAAACUAUUGCUGCAGUUUCCUGCUCUUUAUCAAUCGUCUAAUGACUUUCCUGAGCCUAAGCACGAAGUUACGCACCACAUCUCAACACAUGGGCCGCCAGUAACCGCCCGACCUCGACGAUUACCUCCAGACAAGCUCGCUACUGCCAAGGCAGAGUUCGAACAUAUGCUUCGUCUCGGUAUCGUUCGUCCUUCCAAUAGCCCAUGGUCCUCCCCGCUUCAUAUGGUUCCCAAAAAGUCCAGUGGCGACUGGAGACCUUGCGGAGAUUACCGGGCACUAAACAAUUCCACCGUCCCCGAUAGAUAUCCGAUUCCGCACAUCCAUGAUUUUUCAACUGGUUUACAUGGAAGAACAAUUUUCUCUAAGAUUGACUUGGUGCGUGCAUACUACCAAAUUCCGGUUGCUCCCGACGAUAUUCCGAAGACCGCUAUAACCACGCCAUUUGGUCUUUAUGAAUUCGUUCGCAUGCCAUUUGGUCUACGAAAUGCCGCACAGACUUUCCAAAGGUUUAUCGAUCAAGUCCUUAGAGGGCUCGACUUCGUCUACGCCUACAUUGACGAUAUUCUUGUGGCCAGUUCCAAUCAUGAUGAGCAUCUGUCACAUCUCCGAUCGAUCUUCGAACGCUUUGCUCAGUACGGCGUUACGAUCAAUGUUGACAAAUGUGUUUUUGGCCAAAGUUCUGUUGAUUUUUUGGGCCACCGAAUUGAUUGCAAUGGCAUUAGUCCACUCCCCGAGAAAGCACAAGCGAUUGCAGAUUACCCAUGCCUCAAUCUUUCAAAAGUCUCCGUCGUUUUCUCGGCAUGGUGAAUUACUACAGCCGUUUCAUACCAGAUUGCUCUGGGCUACUCCAGCCAUUGACCGAUUUACUUAAAGGCAGGUCACGAAAAUUCGAGCCCACUCAGGAAGCUAUCGAUGCAUUCGACAAGAUCAAGCACGCGUUGUCCAACGCUACCGCGCUUAGUCAUUUGAGGACUGAUGUUGACGCCACUCUCAUCCUCAAGACUGAUGCAUCUCAGACCGCCGUUGGGGCUGUUCUCCAGCAGGUAAUCAACGGUCAACCUGAGCCGCUAUCCUUUUUCUCUCGCAAACUUCAGCCAGCACAGACGCGAUACAGCACCUUUGGUCGAGAACUUUUAGCUAUCUACCUCGCUAUCAAACAUUUUCGGCACCUGCUUGAAGGUCGCACGUUUACCAUUCUUACAGACCAUAAACCACUUGCCUUUGCUUUCCGUGGUUCAUCCGACCGUUUCUCCCCCAGAGAAAUUCGUCAUUUGGAUUAUAUUUCACAGUUUUCUACCGACAUUCGCCAUGUUGAUGCUGCCAAUAACGUUGUCGCCGAUGCCAUGUCGCGUAUAUGUCUUCACGAAGUUUCACAGCAGA